GUUUCAGCCUUAUUCAGUAACCAUCACGACAGCAAGAAGCAAGGCCUCCAUUGUAGUGAAGCUGAAGUCGAAAAAGGUCCCAACCUAAGGUUACCAUUGAGCCAAACGACCACAGUCAAGAAUGGGAAACAUCAACGCCUUUCAUCUUGGAUUGAUGUACGCGAUAUCUAUUUGGUCCUUCGUGCCAACCGACCAGCUUACACCGGCUCAUUCCUGUAUGCUUCGUCAUCAGUCACACGACUACAUCGCCGACUGCCGUAACAGGAAUCUCACAGACAUCCCCAAUGGCCUCCCAGCGAGCAUCAACACCUUGCUUCUCAGAGACAACAACCUUAAUAUAACACGCCUUCCAGCUGGAUUGUCCCGAUUCUAUGAUCUUGGUCAUCUUGACUUGUCCAGCAAUCAACUGAGUGUUUUACAGCCAAGAACUUUCAUUCAUCUUAAGAGUCUCGAAACGCUAAACUUAGAAGGAAAUCACCUCCUGCUGAACAAUUUGGCAUAUCCAAAUGCCACGUUUCAGGGUCUUCCGAACCUUCGGUCAUUGAAGAUAAACAACAAUGUCAAAGAUCUGGAUCUGACCUCAGAUAUGGACUAUCCAGGAUAUGUACUAGCGGAGUUAUCUGCCCUUGAGGAAUUGUUUAUUGAUGGUAUGCCUUCAGGUGAAUUUGGUGAAGAGUUUCGUUCUCUCAGGAAGCUUACAAACCUAACAUUGUCUGGGAGAAUAGGUACAUGUACAAUUCCUAACAUCACGGCCAACUACUUUCUAAAUCUGAAGCAUCUGACCUAUCUGAAUAUGACACAAUGUUCCAUAUCUCAUAUUCGAAGGGAGGCUUUAACUAAUUUACAUAACGUCACAAUUCUAGAUAUGUCCAAAAAUUCACGAAUGGACAUGAAGCAUGUUGAAAAUAUUUCGUAUGGACUGCAAAAUUCCUCGGUUGAAAUAUUGAAACUAAAUUCAAUGGUGAGUGAAUAUGCAACAUGCACUGUUUUCAAUAAAUUGUUUGCUCAAUAUCUUCACACUACCAAUUUAAAGGAACUAUAUCUUAAUGAUAAUUAUAUUGUUUCUGUUGAAAUGGGAGUAUUGUCACUUCUUCCAAAAAGCCUCGAGGUCUUAUCCGUCAGGAAAAGUAGACUUGUGUAUGGAACUUUCUUUGAACAAUUGAUCCAUCUGGAAAACGUCUGGAUGAUUGACCUAAGCGAAACUAUAAGCUCCACAGUUGAUAACAUUCCCGGCGUAAAAUUUAGCCUUCCUCCUAAAUUGGAGUAUUUCUUCUGUGAAGAGAGCACGUUUAGGAUUGCGUUUGACAAUGUCAACUUUACCUCCAACAACCUAAAGAAGAUCAGUUAUAGGAAAAAUGUCAUAACUCACUGGGCUGGCCCAAUGUAUGGUUUGAACCAUCUUCGUGAAAUAGACCUAUCAGAAAACUUCUGUGAACGUAUUGACGAUGAUUGUCUGAAAGGAUUUACAAGUCUAAAGAUACUAAGAGCUAAUAGUAAUUACCUUGGGGACUUUUUACGAAAAGAUGAAACAGGACAGGCGUUUGCUUAUUCAUUAACUCUUGAAUUUCUGGAUCUGUCUUUGAACAGAAUCCAGUCGUUGCCAGUAAAUGUGUUUAGAAACCUUGUCAAUCUAAAAACCUUGAACCUAAGUAAGAACAGUAUCAGUAACUUGGAAAUCAAGAUAAGUCACAUGAACAAUUUGAAAUUCUUAAACUUAAGUUCAAAUGAGAUUUCAUCUCUUGAUCACAUGUUUGUGUCUCAACUGGACCUAAUCAACAAGAGCUCUGGUUUGAAAGUCGAUCUGUCAGGCAAUCCUCUACUCUGUUCCUGUGAUUCUUUAGAUUUUAUACAAUGGAUGGCACAGAGAAAGGGUUUGUUUGUCAACCAACAUUUGUAUAAAUGUUCCAAACAAUCUGGAUGGUUGAACAACGAAAACGUGUUUGAGAUCCUCUUACAACUGCAACAAAAGUGCACUUCUCAUUUUGGUUUAGCAAUGGGUCUGUUGAUUUCCGUAACAAGUUUUAUCUGCAUCUUAGUUGCAUCUAUCCUCUGCAGGUAUCGAUGGAAGCUGAGAUACUUGUAUUACGUAGCCCGAAGACAUUACCGAAACGUUAACCUGAUUCAACAUGGGAAUGAUUAUGAAUAUAAUGCCUUUAUCUCCUAUGCCGAUGAGGACAGAGACUUUGCUCUGCACAUGUUCAUCCAGAAGCUUGAAAGAGAAGGUAAUCUUCGACUGUGUCUUCACCAUCGAGAUUUCAUUCCAGGUGAGCCAAUAGCUGCUAACAUCCUGUCAGCCAUCCAAAAGAGUCAAUUUGUUGUCAUUGUGUUGUCCCCUAAUUUCCUGGACAGUUACUGGUGCAGGUACGAGUUUGAGAUGGCCCGGAUGGAAGGACUAUACACAGAACGGAACAUGGUAGUCCUGGUGAAAUACAAGGAGGUCCUGCCCAACCUUGUACCACGAGACUUGUUGUACAUGAUGCACACACAGACCUUCCUGGAGUACCCACAGGACUCAGUUGACCAGGACACGUUCUGGACUGCUCUGAAAGAUGCCAUUGAAGCACCUUGAGAAAUUAUUGGACAUAUGAACCAUAGCCACGUGCUUCGCAAAAA